UAAAGAGGCUGGGCUAUACAUGCUGUAACUCUGGUGAUGCUGCUGUCGAUAACAAGCGCCAUAACAGUGUAGCCUGAUUGCAUUACCUGUUCAUUCUACCCUGUAACACCCCUGGGGGUGGCUCUCCGGCCAGGGACGCGAGUGACCAACUGCCCAGGGGGAGAAGUUGACCAGUGAUGUACCUCUGCGUGAGAUAAGGGUGCCAUGCCUCGGGUAGAUGGCGGGAUGUGGGUAUAUAAGUAAGACGAAACAACUUUCUGGAUACGUUCAGCUUUUGCGACUAGACUCCUCACAGACUUCUACAGAAUGUUGUAUAAAGCUCUACUGGUGUUUUGGGCCACAUUGUCUCUUACAGCAGGUACGUGUGAUCUGAAGCGAUUGUGCUACUUCACCAACUGGGCUCAGUAUCGCACGGGGACUUCCAAGUUCAACCCGUCUGACAUCGACCCGACGUUAUGCACACACAUCAUCUACGCCUUCGCCAGGAUCGACGUCAACACCUUCGACGUCAUCACAUACGAAUGGAAUGACAUAACGCUGUACGGCGAGAUCAUGGACAUUAAGAGAACUAACCCGGACGUAAAGAUCCUCCUAGCUGUGGGAGGUUAUGGCGUGUCGUGGCAAUUCAACGCCCUCGUCACAAGCGACGGCAACAUCCAAACAUUCGCCGACAAAGCUAUCACCUUCGCGAGGCAAUAUGGAUUUGACGGCAUCGACAUAGACUGGGAGUUCCCGUCCGACUCCGGGUUGUCCGCCAGAUUUACGUCACUGAUGCAGAUACUGAGGACAACGAUUGACGCGGAGGUGCUGACGGUAGGUCAGAACAAGCUGAUGUUGAUCAUCGCCGUCUCCGCCGGCAAGAUCAAUAUCGAUGGCUCGUACGACAUCCCCACCGUGUCUAGUCUUGUGGAUCUGAUCAAUGUGAUGACAUAUGACUUGUCUGGCACAUGGAACAAUCCCCAGGUGGUUGGGCACCACAGUCCUUUGUACCCCCAGGCAGGAGACGUGUCCCCUAACGCCCAGUUCAAUGUGGACUGGGCCAUGCGGUACUGGCGAGAUGGUGGCGCCGACCCCCAGAAGCUCAUCCUUGGCCUGGCUUCAUACGGUCGCUCGUUCACCCUCUCGAACCCAUCCAACACCAAUUACGGGGCGCCUUUCUCGGGAGCGGGAUCAGGUGGAACCUACACCAGAUCCAACGGCUUUCUUGGGUACAUGGAGAUUUGUCAGCUGAUCGAGAGGGAUGGUUGGACGAGAGUCAGGAUGGCGGACAUGAAGGUCCCCUACGCCUUCGGGCCCAAGGACGGCUCAACUCAAUGGGUGGGCUACGACGACAGUCAGAGUUUCCGUGAAAAGCUUCAGUACGUGGUGGACAAUGGCUACGGCGGUGCCAUGGUCUGGUCUUACAGCUUCGAUGACUUCGAUGGCUCCUUCUGUAACGCGGCUGUCAGCUUCCCUCUCAUAUCACAGAUGAAAGACGUCCUCAACUGUUCCCUCAUCACGGCUCCAACAUCACCGACAUCUCCAACAUCACCAACAUCUCCGACUUCCCCAACAUCACCGACAUCUCCAACGUCACCGACAUCUCCAACGUCACCAACAUCUCCGACUUCCCCAACAUCUCCGACAUCUCCAACAUCACCGACAUCUCCAACGUCACCAACAUCACCGACAUCUCCAACGUCACCGACAUCACCGACAUCUCCAACGUCACCAACAUCACCGACAUCUCCAACUUCCCCAACAUCUCCGACAUCUCCAACAUCACCAACUUCUCCCACAUCACCGACAUCUCCAACGUCACCCACAUCACCGACAUCUCCAACGUCACCCACAUCACCGACAUCUCCAACAUCUCCAACUUCCCCCACAUCACCGACAUCUCCAACGUCCCCGACAUCUCCAACAUCUCCAACUUCUCCAACAUCACCGACAUCUCCAACGUCACCCACAUCACCGACAUCUCCAACGUCACCAACAUCACCGACAUCUCCAACAUCUCCAACUUCCCCCACAUCACCGACAUCUCCAACGUCUCCCACAUCACCGACAUCUCCAACAUCUCCAACUUCCCCCACAUCACCGACAUCUCCAACGUCCCCGACAUCUCCAACAUCUCCAACUUCUCCAACAUCACCGACAUCUCCAACUUCCCCCACAUCACCGACAUCUCCAACGUCUCCCACAUCACCGACAUCUCCAACGUCACCCACAUCACCGACAUCUCCAACAUCACCUACUUCUCCUACUUCCCAAAAAUCGCCAACGUCACCCAUGGAUGAAGCAGCCUUGCAGACCACGUGUGUUGAGGGUUCCUGGACGUACGCCGGCCUUAGCGCCAACUGCACCAUGUUCUACAUGUGCAGCAACGGCAUCCUCAGCUCCUUCGAGUGUCCUCCCGGCCUGGCCUACGACACCAGAUACUCAGUGUGCAACUGGGCAUUCCUCGUUCCCGAGUGCAAUAACAAACGGUAGAGUCGUCUCCCACAGAAAACCUCCGCUUUCUUGAGACUAUAUGGACAAUUUGUACUAUAUUUAUAUACCAUAUGUACUAUUUUCUAUAUGUUGUUUAAUAAAUCACGAUGCAGAA